AUGCGCAGAGUUUUAUUAUGUACGCUGCGCGGGUGCCUGCAUCGAGGGCUUACUCUUCGACCAGAGUCGACCGUGGAUCCGGCCCGGUAUCCUCUUGGCUAUGUUCCGGUGGACGGAAGUGAGUCGAUUGAUUUGGUGUACGCGCUACUGAAGCGAGGUCACUUUGUGGCACCGCUGGCUCGAAUCGAGGUGAUCCACAAGGUAAGCGUGGGAGCGCGGGCGUUGUGUAGAUCGGAGUACCCCAUUGUCUCGGCGCAAGAUGUGCUGACUUUGCACCUGCGAGAAAAGGAGAUUCUCGGUCGCGUUCUCAUUCGCCGCGACUUUUGGACGCUCGAUGACUUCAACGACGCGGAGCUGAAUCAGAGUUUUGGUGUGCAGAACCUGUACUUUGAUAACUACAAGUGGUCACAAGUUCUGUGGCGGCGCUUUCAGGCAUAUGUGGAGGAGUAUUAUCCGGUGUCAGACCACACGCACCUGCUAUACAGCGAGUAUGUGCAGCUGGUGCGCAGCUUCUCCUCCUUCGAGCAGGGGACCUUGGUGAAGCCGGCGUUGCCAACGUCUCUUCGGCUGCACUUGCCCUAUGGUGCGCUGCCGCCUAGCAAAUUUACGCAGGAGCCGAUCUUGCUGCUCAAAAAAUGGCUGCAGAAUUUCCGUGGUCCCCUCAUGCUGCACAAGGCUCUUGUCCUGAAUGCCGGCUCAGGUGUUGUGGCGUUCGCCACAAAGGUUUGCCAUGUGCCGAUGGUGCGUGGAGUGGACUCGCGGCCUCGGUUCAUCGAGGCAUGUCGGAAGGAUGCCGCUCGCUCGCCAAAGCUGUCGAAUGUCAGCUUUCAGGUGGCGGAGAUGUUUCCGGAAGUCACCGACGAGAUGAAGGAUGCGCCCCGAAAAGGGAAAUAUGACCUUGUGAUUUUUUACCCGGAUGAGGAGAUUGUGUCCGCGCUGUGGGAUGGUGAGAACGAUGCAUUUGCGCCAACAGCACAGGGCUAUGCAGGGAAACUGGAGGAAUUCUUCGAGAAGGUAACGCCGCAUCUCACGGAGAACGGCGUGAUCGCGGUGUGUUGUACGAAUAUCCACGCCUUGUUGUUUCCGGACUAUCCACACCCCAUCGAGUAUGAGGUGAAGAUCAAUCGCCGGUUUGUCAUCCUGGAUUAUUAUGACACCCCGGCACGGUACUCUGGCAAUAUUCGCACAAAGUUUUUGGAGCCGGCAAUUGAAUGUCAUCCGGAGUUGAAGAGGAAGCUGCGCUCGGAGCUGUGGAUUCUGCACAGAACUGAGUCGAUUGGUCACUUCGGGUUCAUUCACGGCAUUCCUGGCGCCAAGCCGCCGAGUAUGGAAAAGUGGCGGACGAAGAAUAUGGGACUGGAGCGGCAGAAAGCGUUGAAGGAUCACGUGCGCUUGAUGGGCGGUGACUGGGGGGACUACAAGAGUCGGCUCAUCAGAAUGCUCCAAGAGCAAACAGAUGAGCCGGAAGACGAUGUAGCGGAGUCUAUUCGAAUGACUCUAGACCCAACGUAUCCAGCCAUUCUGGCGGAGCGCGCACGCAAGGCGGUGGAGAUGCGCGAGAAGGAGAGGGAGGAAUUUCACCGCUCUGUAGCUCUCGAAUACUGUGACUGUUCUCCGAGAGAGGCGUUUCGGAGGAGAAACGUCUUCUCGUGA